AUGGGGCCCCCGGGCAAUAGGGGAUCAUUUGGCCUCUGUGUCCUUGCCCAAACUCAAAAAAGCCUAUGAAAAAAGUAUAUAUAUCAUACAUUUCCUUGUACCCCCUCCCCCCCUAUCAACAUUCUAAUAAAAUCUGCAGUGCCCAAGUGUCAUGCAAGGAAAAGGUGCAUCAGGGGCGGACUGACAAUUCAUGGGGCCCCUGGGCAAUAGGGGAUCAUGGGGCCCCUGUGUCCUUGCCCAAACUCAAAAAAGCCUAUGAAAAAGGUACCAAGGGCAUCUCAUGGGGUCCCCUACUGACCCCGGACCCUCGGGCAGAGCCCGAGUUUCCAAAUGGUUAGUCCGCCCCUG